AUGGCCCCACCUCCAGCCUCCCCCACGCCCACCACGGAGGGAGGUGACCCGUGCAGGGUGGAGGUCACCGACGUGGCCCUGGACUGUGUCACGCUGCUCAUCUGCCUCGGGGGGCUGCUGGGGAACGGGGCUGUCCUCUGGCUGCUCGGCUGGCGCCCCCGCAGGGACCCCACCACCUUUGCUGCUGUGACUUCCCUGUGCCUGUGGCACGAGCACGGGCACUGCCAGAUGGCUCUCAUCGCCAUGUACGUCCUCAACUUCCUCGUCUUUGCCCCACCCAUGGUCAUUUCCAGCACCAUCCUCUUCAUCAAGGUCCAGUGCGGCUCCCAGCAGUGUCCACCCAAGAGGCUUCACACUGUUAUCUUCCUCACCGUCCUCUUCUUCCUCCUCUUUGCUCUUCCCCUCAGCAUCUCAAACUUCUUGCAGCAGUUUGCCUACACCCAUGUGCCCUCCCAGCUUGUUUUCCUGCUUGCCUGCAUCAACAGCAGCAUCAACCCCAUCACCUACGUCUUGGUGGGGACCUGCCGGAGGCGCUGCUCCUUGGUGCCCCCCCGGGUCGCCUUCCAGAGGGUCUUUGAGGAGCCAGAAGACUCUGCAUGCAGCAACACCACCACGAUGGGCACGCUGGCCCCAGCUUGUUGA